AUGUGCCGAGUCAAAUACUUAUUAUCUGAGGGUCAUGCAGACAUCAACACAAGAGGACAGAACGGAAUGACACCACUGAUGCUUGCAGCACAGAAUGCUCACAGACAAGUGUUUGACUUUCUCGUGGGGCAAGGAGCCAGUAUGUCAAUCAUGAGUAGAGCUGAGAUGAGCAUCCUUCAUGUGGCAUGUGAAGGGGGAAAUGUUCGAGUAGUGAAGUAUGUCCUCGAACAGAACGUGACAGACAUCAACAGUAGAAGACGGGACGGGUCGACGGCAGCCAUGUUAGCAGUGUUGAGGGGACAUGAAGACGCAUUUAACUUGCUUGUGAGUAAAGGUGCUGAUCUAACACUAUUUGAUGAUAAGGGAUCUACUUUUGUGGAUCUGGCCAUUCGGGGAGGACAUACUGAGAUAGUAGAAUAUGUAUUGAAACAUAACAGUGUGGACAUAAACAGGAAACACUGCGGGCUGACACCUGUCAUGCUUGCAGCAGUUAACGGGAAACUAGACGUGUUUAAUUUAUUAGUGCAAAAAGGCGCUGACCUGUCAAUAAUGCAUGCUGAUCAUGAGACAAUCCUUCACAUGGCAUGUAAAGGGGGAAAUAUUGAGAUCGUGAAAUAUGCUCUCGAACAGAAUAUUAAUGCAAUGAGCAGCAACGGCAUGGAUGGCAAUGCAGCAGCAGUGAUAGCAGCAAAGACGGGUCGCAGAGACAUAUUCGAUUUACUUGUGAAGAAAGGAGCUAAUCUGAUUAUGAAGGAAAAAAACAACAAUAUCCUUCUUAUGGCGUGUGAAGGAGGAAAUGCUGAUAUAGUAAAGUAUGUCCUCAAACAAAAUAUUGUAGACAUCGAUAGCGAAAACGAAGAAGCAUGGACACCAGCAAUGGUGGCAGCGAAGGGGGGACAUAAAGAAGUGUUUGACUUACUUACCAGUGAAGGAGCAGAUAUGACUUAUGAGAGUGAAAAAGAUGAAAACAUCCUUCAUUUGGCGUGUUAUGGCGGAAAUGUGGAUAUAGUGAAGUAUGUCCUCCACCGAACCACUGUAGACAUCAACAGCAAAGACGGAGACGGAUUGACACCAGCAAUGAUAGCAGCAUAUAAGGGACAUAGAGACUUAUUUUAUUUCCUUGUGAGAGAAGGCGCGGAUCUGACACAAGAGAAUGAGGAUUAUGUCAACGUCCUUCAUCUGGCCUGCACUAGCAAACAAACUGAAAUAGCGACGUAUUUGAUCACAAAAACAACUGUGGACAUCGACGGUGGAAGAAAGGGCAGCAGGACACCUGUGAUGCUGGCAGCACUCCAGGGACUUGAAGAGGUGUUUCACUUGCUGGUAAGUAAAGGUGCUGAUCUGACAAGCGUAACUGCAAGACAGGAGAACAUUCUUCAUCAGGCCUGUGAUGGAUUAAACGUGGAGAUAGUGAAGUAUAUUCUCACACAGAAUAUUGUGGAUGACAUCAAUUCAAGAGCAUGGCAUGGGAAGACUCCACUAAUGAAUGCAGCAUUAAUUCAAAAUAAAGAAGCAUUUGAUUUACUUGUGAAGAAGGGAGCAAAUCUGAUUUUAGUGGAUAACAAUGACAACAACAUUCUUCAUUAUGCCUCGGAGGGUGGAAAUGUGGAUAUAGUUGUGUAUAUUCUCGCACAGAAUAUUGUAGACAUUAACAGCAGAGAAAAGAAUGGAAGGACGGCAGUAAUGAAGGCGGCCUUGAAGGGGAAGAGAAACGUAUUUCACUUCCUUGUGACGAAAGGAGCAAAUCUGUCUUUCGUUGAUACAGAUGGCAACACCAUCCUAUAUUUUGCCUCAUCGAGUGAAGUGACAUUUGAACAGGAUGUUCCACCACUUGGGGCCUGGGUAACACAACCCGAGGAUCACAAAGACAUCAACACAAGAGGACAGAACGGAAUGACACCACUGAUGCUUGCAGCACUGAGUGCUCAUAGACAAGUGCUUGACUUUCUUGUGGGGCAAGGAACCAGUAUGUCAAUCAUGAGUAGAGUUGAGAUGAGCAUCCUUCAUGUGGCAUGUGAAGGGGGAAAUGUUCCAAUAGUGAAGUAUGUCUUCGAACAGAACGUGACAGACAUCAACAGUAGAAGACGGGACGGGUCGACGGCAGGCAUGUUAGCAGUGUUUAGUGGACAUGGAGACGUAUUUAACUUGCUGGUGAGUAAAGGUGCUGAUCUAACACUAUUUGAUGAUAAGGGAUCUACUUUUGUGGAUCUGGCCAUUCGGGGAGGAAAUACUGAGAUAGUAGAAUAUGUAUUGAAACAGAACAAUGUGGACAUUAACAGGAAACACUGCGGGCUGACACCUGUCAUGCUUGCAGCACUUAACGGGAAACUAGGCGUGUUUAAUUUCUUAGUGCAAAAAGGCGCUGAUCUGCCAAUAAUGCAUGCUGAUCAUGAGACAAUCCUUCACAUGGCAUGUAAAGGGGAAAAUAUUGAGAUCGUGAAAUAUGCUCUCGAAGAGAACAUUGAUGCAAUGAGCAGCAACGACAUGGAUGGCAAUGCAGCAGCAGUGAUAGCAGCAAAGAGGGGUCGCAGAGACAUAUUCGAUUUACUUGUGAAGAAAGGAGCUAAUCUGACUCUGAAGGAAGAAAACAACAAUAUCCUUCUUAUGGCGUGUGAAGGAGGAAAUGUGGAUAUAGUAAAGUAUGUCCUCAAACAAAAUAUUGUAGACAGAUAUGACUCAUCACUACAGGGACUUGGAGAGGUGUUUGACUUGCCAGUAAGUAAAGGUGCUGAUCUAAGAAGCGUUACUGCACAUCAGGAGAACAUUCUUCAUCUGGCCUGUUAUGGAUUAAACGUGGAAAUAGUGAAGUAUAUUCUUUCACAGAAUAUUGUAGAUGACAUCAAUUCAAGAACAGAGGAUGGGAAGACUCCACUUAUGAUUGCAGCAGUAAAUCAAAAGGAAGCAUUUGAUUUACUUGUGAAGAAGGGGGCGAAUCUGACAUAA